AUGUCGGUCCGAGGACAGAUUUGGGCCGUUCUCGACGUUAUACUACGGGUGCCACCGUUGUUUGUGAUGGACGCCGUCUUAAGCUGCAGUUUGGGGCUUCGACAUGGCAGUGCUGUUGAACCAGGUGUCGAUGUAAUAAAAGACAACAGUGACGGAAGCAAUUCGUCCAGUGCCCUACUUGAGAACGACGUCUUUACGCACUUCGACCUAUCGACAUUGUUGUGGUCAUUUUUGUACCUGCAAGCCUUCUUGGGUGCCCUGGUGAUGGCAGUGCUGCAGACGCGCCAGUUGCUGCACGUCUACCUCUGGCUGAGCGCGCAGGGUGCCGUGCUCUGGUCGUACGUGUGCAACCGUGAGCUAGUGCGGUACGCCGAGGAACUGUCGCGCGACGGCAGCUUACUGCUCGAGUUGCUGCGGCUCGAGCCCGGUGCACUGCUGCGCACGGGCGCCAACUACGCGCUGCAGCUGCUGCUGGCGCUGCUGCUCUCAGCCGGCCGGGGCCCCAAGGCCACGGCGGCGCUAGCCCUGGCGUUACUGGCGCCCACCGUGACCAGUGUGUGCCUGGUUCCGGCGCCCGGGGCCAGCCCGGUGGCGGCCGCCCUGGGUGCGCAACUGCUGCUCGCGGCGCCUGCGCUUCGCCGUGCGGGCCCGGCGUUGGCCGCUGGCCGCCGCGCCGUAGUGCGUACGCGUGCCCUGCUCGGCCAGCUGGGCGGCCAGGCGCUGCUCGAGGCCCACUGGGCGAGCUUGCGGGCGCCCACCGUACUCCGCCUCUUCUGGCUCCUGCGGCUGGCAGUGCACGCGGCUCUGCUGCCGGCGCGGCUGCCUGCCGCGCAGGUGCUGGCGGAGCUCGCGGCGCGGGGCUGCGACACGAGCGUGGCCUUACUCGGAAUGGCCAGCCUGGUGGCCGCCCUGGCGCGGCUGGCGGCUGGCGCGGCUCGCCGCCUUCUGCUGCUCGAGGGCAGCCCCGAGCGCAGCCUGGCCACCGUGGCCGGCCUCCUGUUCCUGGUGCUGGCGUUGCAGACGGGCCUGACGAGCCUGGACCCACCGCAGCGGCUUGCCCGGCUGGCGCGAAACCUCUGCCUGCUGGCUACGGCCGUGCUCCACUUCGUGCAGGGCAUGCUGGGCCCGCUUCUCGUGUCGCUGGGCGCGUCCCGCAGCGGCUCGCGCCAGCGGCACGCACGCGCGCUGGGCCUCAGCCUGGCGCUGGCUGCAUGCCCGUGCCUGUUGCUCAGCUACCUGUGGAGGCACCAGCCAGUGAGCACGUGGCUGCUCGCAGUCAGUGCUUUUAGCGCCGAGCUCGUUGUCAAAGUGGCAAUCUCACUGCUCAUCUAUCUACUUUUCCUGGUAGACGCACACCGCGAGACAAUGUGGGAGCCCUUAGAUGACUACGUCUACUAUCUGCGAGCGACAGGCAGUGUCCUAGAGUUCCUGUUUGGUGUCUUCCUCCUCUUCAAUGGUGCCUGGAUAUUUGCAUUCGAAUCACGUGGCACCAUAAGAGCUUUCAUGAUGUGCUUCCAUGCCUACUUCAACAUAUGGCAGCAAGCCAAGGCUGGCUGGAAAGCUUGUGCACGACGUAGAGCUGCUCUCUACAAGCUGCACUCUCUCCCAGAGGCUACAACCCAGCAGUUGCGUGAACUAGACGAUGUGUGUACAAUAUGCUUUCAAGAACUGCAGACAGCAAGAGUGACUCGAUGUCGUCAUUUUUUUCACAGUGCAUGUCUUCGGAAAUGGCUCUACGUGCGAGACAUGUGUCCACUCUGUCACAGCACACUCUACCACCAGUAAGGACUCAAAGAACUGGCUUUUUUCUGAGUGUAUUUAUUGCAUCUAAAUCACACAAAAUCACAAGUGGCAAAAUUGAUUGGGCUUGUGCUCAGAUUCAGCACAUUGUACCACUA